AUGGUUGCUUUAGAAAGAGCCCAAUCCAAUAACCCCUCUACAAGGAAGUUGAUUCGUCAAAAGCAGUACCGUCGCAAGACAAACAUGAUGAAAAAGGCGUCUGAAUAUAGCAAGAUGUGUGAUGCGGAUGUAUGCGUAGUUAUUCGCAUGCGGGAGACGGAUCAGAUACAUAUUUUGUCCGCGGAUACUUCGGGCUUUUGGGCUUUUCUUCCUUUGCAAUUGAGCUCCCAUUACCCGACUCCGGCUGUGAUGACAGAUCGCGAUUUAAAGAAAGCGGAAGAAGAUACAGCUUCUAAGGACCCACGAUAG